CUCUCCUGUAUAUAUUUCAUUUCUCCUUCUCUUCCACUUCCUUCCUAUUCCUCUCUCUUCCUGCUGAUUUUCUGUUUGGUUCCCGGGAUUCUCCGAUCAACCACUCGAGCACCGACCGUCGAUAGAGUUAUUCAAAUAUUCUCCGAAAAUUCACUCGAAAUUGAUCUGGAAUUUUUUAUAAGAAUUUCUAUAAAAUGUCUUCUCCAAGCAAGAGGAGAGAGAUGGAUGUCAUGAAGCUGAUGAUGAGUGACUACAGUGUUGAAACAAUUAAUGAUGGACUGAAUGAAUUUAAUGUGGAAUUCCAUGGACCAAAAGAAAGCCUUUAUGAAGGAGGAGUAUGGAAAAUUCGUGUUGAGCUUCCUGAUGCUUAUCCUUACAAGUCGCCUUCUAUUGGUUUUGUGAAUAAGAUAUUUCAUCCAAAUGUCGAUGAGCUUUCUGGCUCUGUGUGUUUGGACGUAAUCAAUCAGUCUUGGAGUCCAAUGUUUGAUCUUUUAAAUAUUUUUGAAGUUUUCCUUCCGCAACUCCUGCUUUAUCCAAAUCCU